AACACCCGCUUGAGAAAUUGGAAAGAAGCCGAACUCGAUCAGAUGAACAACUGCCGCGGAGAAGCGUUCAUUCCUCCACCGUCGAUGGCAAAUCAGCUGUACGGGACAGUCCCCCCCGCGGCCAAAAUCAAUCUCUCCGGCGUCUCCACCUCCACCUCGACCAACCUUCUCCGUAAGCGUAUGGAAAUGGCUUCGGACCCGGACGCGUCCUUCCUUGCAUCCGCAUUUGGAGGACCCUCUCAGUCUCAGAGCAGCGCCAGUGCCCUCGCUUAUUCUCCCACCGACGUCGUUGGUUACUCUUCCUAUGCCGGUGGCUUGGGUGCUCGCUCCUCCUCCUGGUCUCACUCUCACCUUCGCCUCGAUGAUGUGAAUCCGCUUCUUUCCAGCAUCAAGCGCCCCUCCCAAGCGCUCUACCAUCGGAACCUUUUGGAUGCCCAAAGAGCGAUUGGGCAAAGUGAAGCGUGGUAUUCUACCAACUUGUUAUCCAAGCGCCCUAGAUUGGAGAGUGCAAGCAAUUUGCCUAUUUAUCCACAGAGGCCAGGAGAGAAGGAUUGUGCUCAUUAUAUGCUUACAAGAACUUGUAAAUUUGGACUUAACUGCAAGUUUGACCAUCCUAAUUGGGUUCCCGAGGGUGGAAUCCCAGAUUGGAAAGAGGCGCCACUUGUGACAACAGUUGAUUCCCUUCCACUGAGAGCAGGAGAGCCAGAUUGUCCUUACUUCCUCAAAACCCAAACAUGUAAAUUUGCUUUGAGGUGCAAGUUUAAUCAUCCGAGAGAUAAAAUUACUCCUUUGGGUACUUCAGAUGAUACUUUGACCUUACCAGAAAGGCCGACUGAGCCACCAUGUGCAUUUUACCUGAAGACUGGGGACUGCAAGUUUGGGGCAACCUGCAAAUUUCACCACCCAAAGGAUAUUAAGGUGACACAGGUAAUACAAGACACCACUGCUGGAGAGCCGAGGAAUUCAGUAGCAGAGAAUGACAGAAUGGUCAGAGAUGUAAAGCUUGUCAAGCCUCUUGUCUCUCUUUCUCCUGCUUCAUUACAUAAUACCAAGGGACUUCCUAUAAGACCGGGUGAAGUGGACUGUCCUUUCUACCUUAAAACCGGCAGCUGCAAAUAUGGUGCCACUUGCCGCUACAACCACCCUGAGAGGCCUGCUAUUGAUCUCCAUGUUGGCAUUGUUCCAAUGGUUGGAGCUUCACCGCCCAGCAAUCCAAAAUUUGCUGCUCGCACAGCAGCUUCUAUCUAUCGAGCUGUUGAUCCCAGAUUGUCGCAAUUGAUGUUGGGAGUUGGUCCAACUAUUUACCCUCAGCGUCCUGGGCAGAUUGAAUGUGAUUAUUACAUGAAGACGGGUGCAUGUAAGUUUGGGGAACAAUGCAAAUAUCAUCACCCUAUUGACCGGUCAGCUCCUACACAGGCAAUGGCAAAUCAAAGUCAACAGACUGUUGAGCUUACGCUCGCAGGAUUACCCAGAAGAAAGGAUGCUGUUGUGUGCCCAUAUUAUCUGAAGACUGGGACGUGCAAGUAUGGAGCUACUUGUAAGUUUGACCAUCCACCUCCUGGUGAACUCAUAGCUAUGGCGGCAACGCAAGGACAAUCUGCCACUGAGGGAGAGGAAGCAAAGAAGAAGUGAAAGAUGGUGCAGAGCAACUGCUGAUGCAAUGAGGUCCGUCCCACUUGUGAAUGUCAUCAGAGGGAUCAGAUAUGUGCUGUUGUGCAUCUCUCUUUAACUUUCAUAAGCUUUCUAGAGCAAGACUUAUUUGUGUAUUUAGCAGUAAUCAUGGUAAUUGCUCCUUACUGGUUUCUGAUAGUGAUCUCUUUUAUAACAAAUUGUCAGAAUUUUUAUCAUCUAUAGAUGGCUAGAAAUUCCGAGUGAAAGGUGGUCUUGGUUUUUUGGUGAAA